GCCGCGCUGCAGUCAAGUCAACGUCGAUACUAAAAGUAAAUCUCCUGGCUUCAGGUGCUUCGUAUGGGCCAAGCCUUCGGGUGUGGCUUUGUGUGUACACACACUUUCUCUUUUGUGAUUUUUUUUUGUGUGUGUGUUUGCGUUUAGAGAGGCACCGCAGUGACCCACCUCUGUUGCGUAGUCAGCCAGGUGUGGCUCUUGUGUAGGUGUGUUUGAGAGUGCGUCUAUGAGUGUGUUGGUGGAGGCUUUGCCUUGGGAGUGACUCGGAGACCCGGGAUGGAGUCUCAGGUCCACAUGUGGCCAUUCUGUCACCUGCUGUGCCUGCUGGGACUGCUUCAGAUAGAUGUUGGCCAGGCGCAGCGCAUGGUGACGAUCCAGGCUGGCCCGCUGUACCGAGUCAAGGGCUUUCCCGUCGCUAUUACCUGCAGCGUCAGCGGCUUCAAGGGCAAGGAUGAGCAAGACUUCAGCUUCUCGGCCUACCGGGCCACCCGGCCUGACCAGGAGAUCCAGAUGAUCAGCACCGGGGAUGAAAACUUCGCCUACGCCGUAUUCUCGUCACGGGUCCGAAGCAAGGACAUCUGGAUUGAGAGGCAGUCGGGGUCAUCUGUCGUCUUCCACAUCAACAAUGCUCUUCUGGAGGAUACUGCGGAGAUCGAGUGCCAUACUCCGAACACAGAUGGCAGCUAUUGGGGAACCUACAGUGCUAAAACAUCCCUGAAUGUGGUGGAGGACACUCUGGUCACCACCUAUUCUGGACCCAGCCCCGUGACUCUCUUUGAGGGGGACACCCUUCAGCUGGAGUGCCAGGCCUCCAGCCAAACCUUCCAGCAUACCCACUUGUCCGUCACCUGGCUUCUCCACGCCAAAGGCGAGGCCGAACCCCGUCCUGUCAUCAGCCUGGACCGUGAUUUGACGGUGCGGCCGGGGGCUGGCUACGAGGAGCGCUACAAGUCGAGGCAGGUGGUGAUCGAGAAGGUGGAGGAGACCCGGUAUCAGCUGCGCGUGGCCAAAGUGCAGCAGGGUGACCAGGGGAGCAUCUUCUGCCGGGUCCAGGAGUGGAUCCAGGACCCCGACCGCUCCUGGGUCACCGUCGCUAAACGAGGCGCUUCGCCCGCAGACGUGGUCGUCAAAGCUGUCGAUGUGGCUGCAGACUCUUUCGCUGCUAACAUCGACGUGGCCAAGGCUGAUCUCCAGGAGGGCGAGGCUGUGGAGGUGCGCUGCAGCGUCCAGACCCAGAAGCUUCCGGAACUCUUCUUCACCGUGGCCUGGUUCAAGGACGAGCAGGAGCUGGCGCGCGUGGGGCCGCUGGGAAAACUGACCGUCUCAUCCGCCUACGAGAGGAGGGAGCGCGAGGGCGAGCUACGGGUGGCCAAGACCACGGAGAAGGACUACCUGCUGACCCUCCGUCCAGUCAGGGCGGAGGACCAGGGGGCGUACCAGUGCCGGGUGUGGCUGGAAACGAGGGGCCCUGGUGGGGUGUUCAGUCAGGCUCAGAGCGAGCAGUCCCAGUCCCAGCAGGUCACCAUCACUCCUAAAGCGAGUGGACUGAGGGUCUCCAUGGUACCAAGCCUGAGUGUCACUGAGGGGGCACCUCUCAUCCUGUCCUGCAACGUGUCCGGGCCGCACGGCGAGCUGUCCGUCGCCUGGCGACACAAGACGGUCUCACAGGGCAGCUCGUUCAGCGAGGUGGUCAGCCUAAGCCGUGAGGGUGUGAUGGAGCUGGCCCCAAAUUUUCGCCAGCGGCAGGCGUUGCGGACGUUCCGAUCGGCUGAUGGCAUUGUCGUCCUGGAGAUGGGUGAGGCUGGGGUUGCGGAUGCCGGCGUCUACGAGUGCACCGUGUCCGAGUGGAGCGGGAGCAAUGGUGGAGAGAAAACGGCCAGCCAAUCGCAGGAGUGCUCUGUCCAAGUGACGGCAAUUGAUGAACUGGUAAAAGUGGCCUUAAAAAGUCGUACUACCAACGUGGAGGUGAACAAAGAGAUCAGUCUUCUGUGCCGUGUGGGGGCCCCCAAAGUGCCUCUGUCUGUGACCUGGCAGUACCUGCAAACUGCAUCCUCUAAGCCGCAGAUGGUGGUCUCGUUGAGCCACACGGGGGACAUAGCCUGGGGCCGCGAGACCGAAGGGUACCAGCUCAGCACUGUCGUGAGUGAGGAAAACACGCAGUACACACUGGCCAUGACCAAGGCAAGCCUCCACAACACGGGCCUCUACAAGUGUGAAGUGGGAGCUUUCCUGAAGCAAACGCAGAGAGCCAAGAAGCUAUCAAACCCUCUGGGUGUGAAUGUGCGGAAGCCAGCCAGCAAGUUAUCACUCACCCCCUCCUCUGCCCUGAGAAGCGUCGUCAACUCUGACAUCCAGGUGUCGUGCGCGGUUUCCGGGGCAACCUCCAACUCCUCCCGCUUUAACGUCACCUGGGAUGUGGGCGGCCGCGUGGUCGCCAGCAGUGACCUUGACGGCGUUGUGACGCUCCACGACGCGGGCAAGAGGACGGGCACGAACACGCUCCCGGGGCCGAAGUUCGAGCUGGCGCUGCGACAGACAGGUGCCAGUGACAGUGGCGUCUACACAUGCCAGGUGCAGGAGUGGCUCCAGGACCCCUCUGGGGAGUGGUACUCCCUCCCGCCCAAGACCGCUACCGUGGAGGUGACGAUCAGCGAAAAACCCAGUAAUUUCCGUCUGGACAAAGCCAGCACUCAGACAAAAGAACGUGAAGGAGGGCAGGUUGACCUCACCUGCAGCAUAAUCUCUGGAGUGGACGACCCUUCCUCCCACUUCUCCCUGACCUGGUACUUCCAGAGCCCCAGCACAGGAUCCGACUCCCCCACCUUGACCCUUCUCACAUACAGCCAGCAGGGAGACCUGACUUAUGGUGACGACCCUGCUGGUCUGCAGUCCAGGCUCCGGUUCUCUAGGACCGACCCGAAAACCUACCGCCUGACCGUGGCCAACGUGGAACCGGGAGACAGCGGGAAGUACUGGUGUGGGGUGGAACAGUAUCAGCACGGGUGCACCGGGGUCUGGGAGAAGAAGGGCUCAGGCGAAACAGGGGUCACCCAGGUCAUCGUAGAGCCGAUAGCGGCCUCACUGGAUCUUCAGAAGACCAGCAAGAGUGUGACUACUAAGCCCCAGGAUGGCUUCAACGUGGACUGCGUUAUCGAAUCCCGUUCUAGCGACCGGUCGGUCUUUGAGGUCACCUGGUCCCGAACCCAGAACAAAGGCAUUAGCCAAAUGGUCUUCAAUGCCAGUCGGGACGGUACCUUCCGUGCUAUGGACUCACCGGCAGGUGGCCUGAUGCUCAAGCGACCCACUCCCAUGCAAUUCGACCUCAAGUACCUAAGUGUGGGGCCCUCAGAAGUGGGCAUCUAUUCCUGUCAUGUGACAGAAUGGCUGCUAAUGCCUGACAAAAGCUGGAGGAAACUGGCUGAGAACCGCUCAGGAGAGCUUAACGUAAACAUCCAAACGGAAGUUAAAAGUGAUUUCAGCUUGAACAAGACAUCAAGGAACCGUGAAGUGACCGAGGGUCAGAGGUUGGACCUUGAAUGCAGCGUGCAGACUGAAGGCUCUGACCCGUCCUCUUCCAUCUACACCGUCACCUGGCUGUUCCAGAGACUGGGUUCCGACGGUUCCGUGGCCCUGCUGACACAGAUGUUUAACGGCCACCUAAAGGUCCACGAAGGAUACCAGGACCGGCUCCGGUUCUCACACCCCACUAAGGACACCUUUGGCCUGAGCAUCCUGACGGCAGUGCCCUCCGACAGCGGAGCGUACCACUGCAAGGUGGAGGUUCGUCAGCAUGCCUGCGGUGGCGAUGGCCAGUGGAAGACUGUGGCCUCUGACCAGUCAGGAGUCAUCACUGUCAGUGUGGGCGAGCUGGAGGGAAAUCUGCUUCUGGAUAAACGAGACCGCCUUCUCAAUGUGACUGAUCUUCGAGCCGGGUUUAACGUCGAUUGCCACGUCACCUCAAAGUCCAGUGAGGAGUCACUCUUCGAGGUCACCUGGUUCAGAGGUGAAGACAAGAAACAAAAGAAGGCCAUAUUCAGAUCCGCAAGGAAUGGCACCUUGCAGAACUUGGACAAAGACAGAAAGGGCCUUGUGUUUGCCCGGCCAACACUCACACUCUUCACCUUGACUGUGCCACUCGUCGGGGCAACGGACGCCGGUCAGUACUCAUGCGAGGUGGCGGAGUGGGUCAAGACGGUCACUAACACUUGGAAGAAGAUGGCAACAGACCAGUCUGGGAAAUCCACCGUGCUCAUAGCGAAAAAUCUGCAUCUGGAUAAACAAGACCACCUUCUCGAUGUGACUGACCUUCAAGCCGGGUUUAACGUCGAUUGCAACAUCACCUCAAAGUCCAGCGAGGAGUCACUCUUCGAGGUCACCUGGUUCAGAGGCGAAGACAAGAAGGAGGCCAUUUUCAGAUCCGCCAGGGAUGGCACUCUGCAGAACUUGGACAAAGACAGGAUGGGACUUGUGUUUGCCCGGCCAACGCUCACACUCUUCACCUUGACUAUGUCGCAUGUCGGGGCAACGGACAGCGGUCAGUACUCAUGCGAGGUGGCGGAGUGGGUUAAGACGGUCACUAACACCUGGGUGAAGAUGGCAACAGACCAGUCCGGGAAAUCCACCGUGCUCAUAGCUGCUCCUGUGGCAGGCUCCCCGGACGUCACGAUUCCCGUGUGCGUCGUCAUCAUGUUGAUUCUGGCCGCGGCCGUGGUGUUUCUGGCCGUGAAGUUACGCAAGACGACCGUAGCUCAGAAAGAAAACAAGAAUUCCCUGUGGGCCGAGAACAACCCACUGAAGCCAACAACCGAGGCCUGAGAGGUACGUCGGGGCUCAAGAUGCUGAGGACCAGGCCGAAAGGUUUUUUCAGACACGGGGCGCCAAAGGCAGAAGCAGGGAUGUGAAAUGUCGAAAGCUUGGUCUUAUCUCGGAGGUGGACACAUGGUACCAUUCCUUUCAUGAGACUUCUGCUUGCCUUCUCAGACAAGCUGCGAUCAUAUUUGGACUUGUAGCUUAAAACAACAAUUUUGCACCACUUUUUUUUUCAGAAAACAUAUUUUAAUUUUUUGCUCCUGUGGACAGACAUGCCUUUAUCUGUAUUCGAGAACAUCAGUGUUAUGACGUACAAUUGCCAAAGAACUAGGAGAAUGGGGAAGUGUAAUUGAACUGCGGAAGGAGUUGCCACAGCAUUUCAGAUGAUAUCUAUCACAGUUUGUGCCUUGGACUGUGGAGAACAGUGCCUUAUGCUUGCGUUGCCUUGUGAUUUUGAAACCACUGCAUUUCAUCACCCCCCCCCCCCCCCCCCCCCCCCCCCCUGCCCCCUCUGUCGUGUUGGGGGGAACUAAGACUGCUGUGAUCAUCUCCAUCACCACCAAGGCUGCAUUUGAAGGAUAGCAGAAUGCAGCACUUUCUCAGAUGAGUUAUGUGGGUCCUUCCCAUACCUUUGAAGUGCACUUGUUGGUUUUUAUAUGUUUUUUUUUUAUGUUUAUUUCCAAGUUUCUGCGGGGUGCUGCUGUAAAGAAGAAAGUGGGUAAAACUUCCAGUGAGGCGGCAGAAGUAGUAUACCUAUGGUAUUUUGUGUGCUAGUUAGCGAAGAGGCCAAGUAUUUCUCCGAUUAUUAUUAACUGUUUAGAGUCGCAAAGCUUUAUGAUAGAUUACGAAGCUUAGAGACAUGUGCAGUAACAUAUACAGUAACUGGACUAAGCUAAUUUAGUGACUUUUUCAGGCUAAAUCACAGUGUUCCUGCUGAUGAUAGUACAGUUUUGAUCGUCUCCCAAAAGAUGAUAAAUCAAAAAGAAUAUGUUUGAAGAUGGAUAGAUAGAUAGAUAGAUAGAUAGAUAGAUAGAUAUUUUAUUGAUCCCCAAGGGGAAAUUCAAGAAUGAAAUUCAAUGAAGAACUUAAACUAAAAAAAAAAAAAAACUCUCAAACACAUCCCAUUCUAUAGUGAGAAGUGGAAGUUGCUACCAUUUUUGAUGCAAGGCCUCAUGGGAUGUAGGAAACUUGUGGCUACAGUAGUUUUAGAUUUAUUGUAGUUCGUCAUGUUACUUGUAUCAGUCAUAAUGACAUCCUAUAAUGACUCACGCCUCAGAGACUUUCUAAAUACCUCUUUAAAAAAAGAAAAGAAAAAACACCAAACAGCAAUCAGUGCCAAACUCCAGUGCACACAAACUUUUGGUGUAAUUGUGGUGCUCUGUGUAGCAACAAGGGGCAUAUGGAUGGAAUAAGAUUUCUUGAAUGGCUGAUAACUAAACAUUUUCUGUUAGUAUGGUUUUUACAAGCUGCUACUCAAUAGAUGUCUAUGACCUUCUUUCAUUAUAAAUUGCUUUAUUGCCUAUUUGUCUUAUCAUUAUACAGCAUACAUACUUGUUGCUUAAGUGUUAUUAUUCUUCUCCUUCGCAUAGUCUAUUUUUUUACUAGGAUUUAAAGAGUGAAAACAUUUGCACAUGAUCCUUAAAAACAUAUUUUGUACCAAAUUGCUGUUAAUGAAAAUUAAAAAAAAUCUUUGCCUAUGCCAUUAGCUUUUGAGAGAACUA